AAACGGAGCAAACAGCUCCCAAAUCGGAAUCUGAGCUUAGUCGAGCCGGAUUACAACAAAGACCCUACUACUCACAUAGCAACUUGACGUUACUUUAAUGUCAAAGUGACAUUAGUUGACAAAUUUGACAACACUUUAAUAUUAAAUUAACUUGCUACUUGAGUAUCAAUGUAUAAUUUGCUCAAUUAAUAUAUAAUUAGUUUCCAUUAAACUCGCUGAAGCACACAAAGUAUUUGAGAUAUGAAGAACAGAACAAAUGUUUUAUCGUGAUCAAGAGAAUCCCCGCCGUAUAUGAUUUAUUUCAAGACGAGCCUCAGGCAUCAAUAUUCGUUCCAGCACAUCGAUUAAGAGAAUAUGAAAAUGGAAGGAAAAGUCCAAGUGCAAUUGGAAGAAAACGUGCCUUCGAUAGAAUACACCUUACGUCCAAUAACAUAUACCUCCUGGCUCCUAGGUGUCGGCGUUGCACAUCCGCGCAAUUGCCCCAAGAGUCUUACAAUAAUCCUACGUAUAAUUCAUUUGGCCCUGUGUUCUAUUAGCCUAAAAUACAACUGGACAAAAUUUAAACACGAUUUUCAUAAUACCGACAUAUACACAUGUUUGCAUUUUACGAUGUUGGUGAUAAGUCACGUAUCCACGUUUUACUACAUUUAUCAAGUGACCAGGCAACAUGACAAGUGGCCGGAAUUAAUGGAUAAAAUAAAGGAGUUCGAUCAAAUAAUUAGAAGGGAAAUAUUUAUAAACGAUAGGACAGUAAAAAACGUAGAAGUGCUAGCAAUUCUAGCGACAUUCACUUGUUGUCCACUGGGCCUGAUUGUGGACGGCUUGUAUUACUACUUUAUAGAUCCAAAUAAAAUCGGAAUUGAGUUGACACUUUAUUAUAGAUCAGCCCAAUCCCUGAUCAACAGCUUCGUCUUUGACAUUGUUGUCUAUGUGCUAUAUCGUAGAUUACAGGCGAUAAAUAAAUUAAGUGGCCAAUUAAAUGAGAUAUCCGAUACACCAGUGGUAGUGCUUAAGAUUAGACGCAUCCGAGAAAUGUAUAAUGGUAUUUGUGAUCUUGUCAAUAUGGUAAAUGAUAUUCAUGACUUUCAUCUUCUCUACUGUUCGCUUACCUGUCUUAUUAUGGUCGUAACUGAACUAUUCACAAUAUACACAAUAAUUAUAGACGGAGAUGAAACAUUUCUGUUGAUAACUAUUAUCUUUUCGAUUCUGUACUUCACGCAAUUUGGUGUGAUGUGCUGGAUUUGCACACUUGCGCGUCGAGAAACCGACAAUACCAGGACAAUUAUAAACACAAUUGCAUUGAAUUUUAAACAUGUAAAUCUUGAACUAAAAGAGAGAAGGAGUCAAUCAAAUCUAAAAAUGCAAACGUCUGUGGAAGGUGCGAACAGUGGGCAAAAUUCUGUUUGGAGCAGCAGCCACUAUCUGAAUGACGUUGCCAUAGGAAAUCUGAGCAAAAACUUGAACCGUGACUGUAUUAGAAAUGAAAUAAAUGAUUUUUUGAUUCAACUCCAACAUCGUCAAGUAAUAUUUACGGCGUAUGAUUUCGUCGAAAUAAAUAGUGGAUUAUUUUGUGCUUUUAUUGGCGUGAUAAUCGGUUAUUUGACACUCUGUAUUGAAUUUUAUGAACCCACUAUAUAUACACUCAGAAAAAAAUGUAGCAUCAGAUAAUACAAUUGUGAAGUGCUCGUCUACAAAUAAUAAUACAAAUAGGGAUAAAGAUAAAUUGUAAUAAAUAAGUCUAAAAAAUUGUUCUAAGAAACUUGUCUUAAAUCAGUUGACAAACUGCUUAAAGCUGUAAAAUAUUGCAGUAUUAACAAAGCCUAAAAGAUGUUGUAAUUUUAAAUAUUAUAAUUUUGUUGCAAUUUAUUGCAUUUAUUGUGAAAAUAUAGUAGCGUUUGACUUAAAAAUCUACCUGUAAAUGCUUAUAGGCAUAUAUGUAAACUAAUAAUAACCUGUAGCAAUCUUUAAUUCAACUUGCACGCCUAUAAAUGUUUUUGUAGAAAACAAAUCAACAAUUAUUGUAAAGCAGUUUAUCUUUUAUAGUAAAGUGUUUAAGAGGUUUAAGUUUAAAGUAAAGUAAACAAAUUGUAUUUACAGUGACUAUAAACUAUAUAAUAAAACAAGUAAUACGUUACUACAAAUUAAUGUUAGCUGUUUUAAAUAUUUAAAAUAUUAUUUUAUGAAAUACUACAAUAACGCAAUAAAUUUUAACUGAAUUU